AUGGUUUCUCUCUUCGGUUGGGGCUCCAGCUCCAAUACCGACUCCAACGCCGCAAAGCCUCAAGAAGCAACACCCUCCCAAAGCCAAAACACAACGCAGUCUCUUCAAUCAGCACCAUCGCCGACCGAAUCAUCACAAUUAGCGCAACAAUCUGCACCACCCAGCAACAGGAACCUGAAGCUCUUCCUCGGCGGUAUUGCCUUUUUCUCCCUCUCCGUCUGGGUCACACGCCGCGCCGCCAUAAAGAAACGCAUCGAAUGCAUUCCUCCCUUCUAUUCUAGCUCAUUAUACUUCCAACCGAAAGUAAAUGGGGCAGGCGAGGCUUUCGAAGCCCUCAGUCUAGCUUCCCUCAAUGUCCUCUCGUUCGGCAUGCUGACCACCGGCGCGACGAUGUACGCCCUCGAUAUCAAUGGGCUUGACGAUGCGCGGCGGUUCAUGAGAGUUGCGAUGCAGGGAAGCAUCGAUGAAACUGGAAAAUCAGAUGAGCAGUUGGAGAAGGAAGUAACUGAAUGGGUGACCGAUCUACUUGGCGAUCGGUUCACCAAGCAGUUGGACAAGGAGCGCGCGAAGAAGCAGCAGGAGCAGCAGUUGAUCAGCGAGAAGAGCAAUUGA